CUCACUUUUUACACAUUGGUAUCAUUGCUCUACUUUUUUUGCUCGUCAAUCACAGUCAACGAAAACUUGAAACUAAGCUAGAAUGAGCGCACCGAUCCGUCGCAAGUUGGUCGUCGUGGGUGAUGGUGCCUGCGGCAAGACCUGUCUCCUUAUCGUCUUCUCCAAGGACCAGUUCCCCGAGGUCUACGUCCCCACCGUCUUCGAGAACUAUGUCGCCGAUAUUGUUGUCGACACUAAGGAAGUCGAGUUGGCCCUUUGGGAUACCGCUGGCCAGGAAGAUUACGACCGUCUUCGCCCCCUGUCGUACCCCGACACGAACGUCAUUCUUAUGUGCUUUGCGAUCGACUCGCCCGACUCGCUCGAGAACAUCCCCGAGAAGUGGGUCCCUGAGGUGCACCACUUCUGCCCCGGCAUCCCGUUCGUCCUUGUUGGCUGCAAGAAGGAUUUGCGCAACGACGAGGACACCAUCCGAGAACUUGCCAAGAUGAAGCAGAAGCCCGUCACACAGGAGGAGGGCAUGGCCAUGGCAGAGCGCAUCAAGGCCUACCAAUACAUUGAGUGCUCGGCAAAGAACAAGGAGAACGUCCGAGAGGUGUUUGAGACUGCCACCCGUGCCGCUCUUAUGGUCAAGGGCAAGAAGAACAAGCGAUGCCUGAUCCUCUAAACAGCCAAAAAACAAAAAAUUCUUCCCGAUAACCAAAGAAACGAAAAUACCCCCAAGCACGAUUUGAAGAGAAGAAAAAAAAAACCAAACGAAGCAGUUUUUUUGCGUUUGUUGAACGAGACUGUCUUUUUGUUUGCUUGAUCUUUUUUUCAUUCGUGUUUGUUAUGUGAAUGUUGUAAUGUUGUGUUUAUGUGGUUUUAUAAAAACAAAAAAAUUGCCAGCCCAA